CUCACAGCCACUGCCUCACUGCCUGUCACUGGUAGAGUCAUACAAUACAAAACAUGAUUUUGAAAACUAGGCAACGCCGCAAACAACAGGAAUCUCCCAAGGAAAAUUUCUUGAAACUCUGGGAGAUCUGUCUGAAAAACAUAACAGGUGUUAAAAAAUCAGCCCAAUGCAUUUUGAAAUGGCUUCCAAGGAAUUCAAAUUCAGUAACUAUCAUAUUGAAGCUGAUAUCAAGCGUGUCAACAACAUGGAAUGCAAAGCUUGUGGCACAGAUCCUUUGGCAUGCCAUUGUGAUGCAAAUAUGAAAUGCUACAGGCUUGAAUCAGCAAACGACCACGGUAGUAUUCCUUUAUUUGAAGGCAUUGCUAUUGCCAGAGAUGAAGAAGUCAACGAAUUUAUUGCAGGUGUAAAUUCUGAGAUUCCUGAACUUAAAGGUCAUGGAACUUGUGGAUCGUUAACUUUUAGCUGUUAAGACUUGUUACUAGCUGGAAAGACUGACUCUACGUACUACAAAGGACUUGAUGAGACAGGAAUCGUUUCGCUCUGCUGCAGACAUGGAGUAAUUCUAAAAGCAACCAAUAGGUAUCAAGGAGAAACUUACCCGCUGAUUGCAUUCUUGCAUUCAUUUGCCUUGAAACUGGGAAUCUUAUUUUUCUGUUACGAUGUCAUCUGUCGUAAUUAUAAAUUCGUUGAAAAACUUGGGAGACUA